AUGGGUGGAGAAGGAGAUUCAAACGAGCCGAAGACCGUCGUUGCUGGUAGCGAAGGAGAAGAAGGAGAGGUGGUUGCUGUGAACGUCCGGUGCUCGAACGGCACGAAAUUCAGCGUCAGGACAAGCCUCGAAUCGACCGUCGAGUCUUUCAAAGCCUUGGUAGGACAAAACUGCGACGUGCCACCUAAUCAACAGCGGUUGAUUUACAAAGGACGAAUCCUCAAAGAUGAUCAAACCCUCCUCAGCUACGGUUUACAAGCCGAUCACGCUCUCCACAUGGUUCGUGGCUCUGCUCCUUCAUCAACACCUCCUCCUCCUUCAAAUGCAACCACUAAUGUUACUCGAGGUGUUGGCUCCAACAACAACACCGGAGAGACUUUGUUUCCAGGGCUUGGCUUUAAUCCUCUAGCUGGAGGAGCCAACGCCAACGCCAACGCCAACGCCAUGCCUGGCUUAUUCGGAGCUGGUGGUCUUCCGGAUCUUGAACAAGCGCAGCAACAGCUAGCUCAAAACCCUAACAUGGUUAGAGACAUGAUGAACACGCCAGCCAUUCAGAAUCUCAUGAACAACCCUGACCUCAUGAGGACACUAAUCAUGAGCAACCCUCAAAUGCGUGAGCUCGUGGAUCGCAACCCUGAGCUUGGCCAUAUACUCAACGACCCUAGCGUGCUGCGUCAGACUUUGGAAGCUGCGAGAAACCCUGAGCUUAUGCGUGAGAUGAUGCGGAACACGGAUAGAGCCAUGAGUAACAUCGAGUCUACUCCUGAAGGGUUUAACAUGCUCAGGCGUAUGUAUGAAAACGUGCAGGAACCGUUGUUGAACGCCACGACGAACGCUGGAAACAACAUUGUGGAUUCUUCUGCUAAUCCGUUUGCUGCUCUGUUGGGGAAUGCACAAGGAGGUAGAGAUGCUGAAACAGGCACUGUGCCGAAUACGAAUCCACUUCCAAACCCUUGGGGUGGUGCUGCUGCUGCAGCUGGUCAGACAGCUACGCCUGGAAGGACAACUUCAGGUGGGGAUGCUAAUAGAGCCACUGGGCUUGGUGGGCCGCUCGGUGGUCUAGCUGGGCUUGAAGGUCUUGGAGGACUGGGGAUGCUAGGUAUGGAUCCAACGGCUGCUCCAGAUGCGUCUCAGAUGAACCAGCUUUUACAGAAUCCAGCUAUGUCACAGAUGAUGCAGAGCUUGCUUUCUAAUCGGGAAUACAUGAAUCAGAUAAUGAGUCUCAACCCACAACUUCGGAGCUUGAUGGAUUCAAGUCCUCAGGUGAGGGAGAUGAUGCAGAACCCUGAGUUCCUUCGUAUGCUUAGCUCUCCAGCGGCAAUGCAGCAAAUGAUGACUCUGCAGCAAUCACUUCUCUCUGGGACUAGGAAUACAACAAACCAGGUUCCAGGGCAAACUGGUGCUGCUGCCACAGGCACAGGAAAUAACGGAGGGCUGGAUUUAUUGAUGAAUAUGUUUGGCAGUCUUGGCGCUGGCGGCUUAACCGGUGCGAAUCAAUCCAAUGUUCCUCCUGAAGAGCUAUAUGCGACACAAUUGCAACAGCUGGAGGAAAUGGGUUUCUUUGACAGAGCAGAGAACAUUAGGGCGUUGCGUGCAACCAACGGCAACGUGAACGCUGCUAUAGAACGACUCUUGGGGAGUUUUGGCCAGUGA